AUGGGUCCUCGACAAGGAUUGGCGCCAGCACUGGAAAUUGAAGCAAGGGAAGAAAAAAAGCCGAUGUUCAUCAACCAGUGCAAAUCCAAUCAAAGCCAGCCAGUGCGCAAAUCAAUGCUUCUUCAACAACCCAUUUCCGGUUACCUCGUCGGCUUGCCCUGCCAUCUGCCAUAUGUUCUCCGCCUCGAGUCCGCACACUUAUACGAAGUAGGUAAGAAUACACCAGGAGGCUUGCGUACCGUUGCUUCAAUCGGACGCCAGUGA